CUGCUGCUAGAAGGUCAGCGAUCAUCCUUCCCGCCCCAGGGCUUCAGGGGAGAUGGGGCGCUACUCAGGCAAGACUUGCAGGUUGAUCUUCAUGCUGGUGCUCACCACUGGAUUCUUCGUGGCCGAGCUGGUGUCCGGCUACCUGGGCAAUUCCAUUGCCCUGAUCUCGGACUCUUUCAACAUGCUGUCUGAUCUGAUCUCGCUAUGCGUGGGAAUAGGCGCCGGGUUCAUCGCUCGCCGCCACACCCGAGGCGCCCAGGCCACUUAUGGCUACCGGCGAGCGGAGGUGGUGGGGGCAUUGAGCAACGCAGUCUUCCUCACCGCCCUAUGCUUCACCAUCUUCGUAGAGGCCAUCCUGCGCCUGGCCCGGCCAGAGCGUAUUGAUGAUCCUGAGCUAGUGCUCAUCGUAGGUGCCCUGGGGCUGGCAGUCAACGUGGUGGGCUUGCUAAUCUUCCAGGAUUGUGCCUCCUGGUUCACUUGCUGUGGCCGACGCCGGCGACGUCUGAGUAGCAGCAAAAGAGAGCCUUCUGCCCCUCUGGACGCAGUCAGCGCGCAGCGGCCACCACCUUCUGCACCACCCGCUCUAGUAUCGGGUUCGGAUCCGGCCCUAACUCUCAGGGUGGUCUCCAGUCCUACGAAGGAAGAGAUAGCGGCUGCUCUGCAGCCCAGUGAAGCAGGUGAUUCCCUGAACACCCAGAAUGAGCCUCAAGAGGAGAUGAGCAAAAAACAGAAAAAGUCUGAAGCCCUGAAUAUCAGAGGUGUUCUUUUGCAUGUAAUGGGAGAUGCACUGGGAUCUGUAGUUGUGGUGAUUGCUGCUAUCAUAUUCUAUGUGCUUCCUCUGGAGGAAAAUGCUCCAUGUAACUGGGAGUGCUACAUUGACCCAAGCCUCACUGUUAUCAUGGUCAUCAUCAUUUUGUCAUCUGCCUUUCCACUCAUCAAGGAGACAGCAUCCAUUUUGCUACAGAUGGUUCCCAAAGGCAUCAAUUUGGAAGAAUUGGUGGGCAAGCUAUCCAAUGUGCCCGGAGUUAACAGCAUACAUGAAGUGCAUGUCUGGGAACUUGUAAGUGGGAAGAACAUUGCCACUCUCCACAUUAAGUGCCGAAAGAGCAAAGAUUACAAAGAUGCCAAUUUCAAAAUGCGAGAGAUUUUCCACAGUGCUGGGAUCCACAAUGUAACCAUCCAGCCAGAAUACACAGACCAGAAGGAAUCCCUGGAGCAGGACUGGAUGCUCCUCUGCAACUCGCCCUGCAUCUCCAAAGCCUGCAAGAAUUAUCUCUGCUGCCCUCCAGAGACGCAAUCACUUACCCACAUCAAUGGCUGUACAGAGCCCAAUGGUUGCCCCCCAACUGCAACAUAUAGAAGUGAUGGCUUGAGUCGAAAUGAUACAGUCGCAAUUGUCAUUGAAGCAGAUUGUUUGAGUGACGGUGGGCCAGUUGCUAAACAGACACAAGGAGAUCUGAUCUUUGUCAAUAGCACCCAUUUUUAAUCUGGUCUCAUCAUUGAAAGUCAGCUGAUUGAGAGAAGCAGCUUAGCCACCAGUCGGCUCCAGAUGAUCCUUGUGGGAAGGGCUCCCUGAGCUGUUACCACUGACCAAAAUUAGUAAUGUAAUUCUGUGUUAAAAUAAGGGGUUAAGUCCUUUUAAAAAAGUUUGGCAAUUUUAAGAUUCACAAACCCUUCCCACCCCCUCCCAAACCCCCCAUCCCAUGCAGGUGAAUAUUGUUGAACUGUUCACGUGUUUACCUGAACAUCUCCUCUUUAAUCAUUUUAGUUUGAACAUUUAUUUCCUGAGGUAAAUUGAAAAAGUAUAGAGACAACAUGAACUGGAGACUAGAAAUUCAAUGCUUUUGCAGGACUGGGAUUUGACCUUUCUCCCUCUACCCCCAUUCCCCUUUUGGUCAUUUUUUACUGAAUUCUAUUUCUAGCCCAUUCUGAGGUGAGCUGAUGGAUAAUG